CCUGUACUCUGGUGAUGGCCUCUGUGUGCCUGUGCCCCAGCAGUGCCCCCGUGUACCUGUACAGCAGCAGGGCAGAUGUGCUCUGACAAUCCUCCAGCAUGCCUUGCCUUCCUGCCUGCGGAAUGCCUGUACCUGGCCCAGUGCCUGCAGGCGCCUCUGACUGGUCUUGUCCCUGACCCUGAGAAGAAGGAAGCUCCAGCUGUGAGCAGUACACUUCAGCUGUGAUACGCUGUGACACGGGGAAGUGAUGCCUGUACAGACAGCCCAGGGGACAAACCCUCAGCCUGGAGCACGCCCUUCCUGAGUGCUGCCUGUUCUCUCGGCCAGUUCCUCACGCUCAGGCAGAGCUGCCUGUUGUCUCCCGAGGGCGUUGGUGCUGGGAGCCACCACCAAACAUCACCCCUGUGGCGAAGCGCAGGGACGGUUCCAGGUAGCCUGGCUACUUCCCUGGACUUUUUUCCAUUGUCACACUCUCCUCAGUAGGCAGAGGACGGCACAGUCCUGAGCUGCAGGGACCAGGUCUGUCGUAGUGGUGGCCUUGCUGGCCUGCCCUGCCCACUGCUCGUGGCUGCUCUGGGUCCAGCCGUGCAGUUGAUGUCUGACCUGGAAACCUCAGUGCUGGGGCUGUGGGGAGCACUCAGAGCUGUGCCUGCGGGGUGUAACAGUUCCUGCUCACCUGGACAUGGCUGGGCAGAGAGGGGGGCUGCCCCUGCUCUUGCCCCUGCUGCUGCUGCUGUUGCUGAGCCUCACCUGCCUCGCCGUGCUGCACCUUGCUCUGGAGACAACUGCCAUGGGUGUGACAGCAGCCACGUCCCCAUCUCCCCCCACCUCCUCAAUAUCUAUGGAGACCUCUGCACAGCUGCCCACCACUGACUCCACCACUGCAGCCACCCUCUCUCCCUCCAGCCCUGAAACAGAAGCUUCCACCCCAGAGAGGUCCAGCACAUCCCCAGGGACUGGCAGCACCCCAACUCCCACCACGCCUCCUCCCACCACAACAACAGCUACUUCAUCUGAGCCCUUGACAACCCUGGCAAACACCACGGCCAGCCCUGUUAUCAGCACGGAGGUCCCCCUGAGCACCCCCUCUCCCAGCCACCCGGCCAGGACCACAUCCAGGACUACCCCUGGCAUCUUCCCCCCAACUAUGGAGUCGACUCCAGGCAUUGAGUUCUCUUUCCCCACCACGAACUCGACCCAGACCUCAGAGGUUACCCACAGCACCUCUGCAGACCUGCCAAUGCCGCCACCCGUCUGCCCCACUGGCUCAUCCAACACCAGUGCAUCUCGCCUCUUCCUGUCUCUGCGGCUAAGCACCCCCCUGGACCUGGGGAACAGCACGGUGCAGGAGCUGGUGUUGUCCAAGCUCCGUGAGAACCUUCAGACAGCAUUCCCGUGCGCUGGCCUGUCAUUGGAAUGGCGAGGGAAGAGGAGCCCCUGACCACUGCCCCUCGCCCUGCCAGCUCCCACAUGUACUGGCGAGUCAUCUGCUCCCGGCUCCUUACUCCAUGGCAGUGCAGCCCCUUGGGGUAACCUGCACAGCUCCUCUUGAACUUGGGGCUCCCCGUCCUUCCCUGUGCCCCUCCAGUGCCCCCCGUGGGCUGCGGUGCCCCUGCCCCUUCCCACAGCCUGUCUGUAAAGGCCAACACCUCCCACCACCCUGCUCCAGACCCGGCUCCUGUGGUGUGACCCCUUCCAGCGCUGCCAGGGGGCUGGAAGGAGAGGACCCUGCGGGACUGGGCUUUUACAGCUGGGACUGUGCUGGCUCAGCCAUCAAAGCCACCCUGGGGACUGAUAGAUGAGAGGAAGGAGACCUGGAGCCCCCAGUACUGCUGUGCCCAAGGCUCACCUGCGGUAUUGCUGACAGAGGAGCAGGCCCGUGCCAACACGGGCCGGGCAGUAAAUAGAAACUCCAUGCUUUCUGUGUUGAA